AAUUUUCCACUUUUGGCUCCCUGUUCCUCUGUCCUCUUUUGUUCCUCUGGCCUCUCUGUUCUUUGAGAGUCGAGAUACCCUAGCUCCAUUUGUUCAAGCCUGGCCUACACACAUCAGACCCGCCCUGAAAUUCACUCAAAUUCCAAUCUCCGGAAUCUGAAAUUCGGAGCUUCGCUCCUUCAUUGCUGGGCCAAGACAUCAGCAGCUAGUUACUUCAUCGGAUUCUCCUGACAUCACAUCAAUUGCAGAAAUGGCUGCUGUCUCGCUCCACGCUUCCGCGGCUGUCGCCCCAGUGGCGUCGCUUUCUACUGUCCAAUCAUCGCGGGCCAUCGCAUCGUCGCAUCAAAUUGCGCGAGCGGGUCUCCGCGUCCCAUCGCUAAGGAGCGCCAGCGUAAGGCCACUUCGGGCCGCGAGGAUAACAUGCGAAGCUGCUGGGACCAAAGCUGCGGCAGGAGAGGUGACGGACGCGACCUUCAAGAAGCUGGUUCUUGAAAGCCCAACGCCCGUGCUGGUCGACUUCUGGGCGCCGUGGUGCGGGCCGUGCCGCAUGAUCGCGCCUCUGAUCGACGAGCUCGCGGUGCAGUACGCAGGCAAGAUGGCGUGCUACAAGCUCAAUACGGACGACAGCCCUGGCGUGCCUACUGAGUAUGGCAUCCGCAGCAUUCCCACAGUGCUCGUGUUCAAGGGCGGGAAGAAGGUGGACGCUGUGAUUGGAGCAGUUCCCAAGGCCACCCUCGUGACCACCAUUGACAAGUACCUGUAAAUGCCGCCUGGUUUCCUGGAGGCUUGCUCACUCUUCAGAGUCUAGAAUGACUAUUGCUACAAGGUUAUGUGAACAGAGUCAGUGCUUACUGUAACGAUAAAUCGCGGAAUAUUUUCCUGUCAACUUGUUACCAGUCAGGCCCCUAGAUUGCAGGAAAAAAGCAGGGUCGUAAGGAAUUAGUAAUUCCUUACUGAGGCUCGCUACAGUGUGUACGACCCGAACAGUCCCGAACCAG